AUGACUACAUCUACUACUACUUCGCAGGCACAAAUCUUCCCCGGGAAAGGACUGGGGUUUAUCACCCUAGGAGCUUCGCUUCAUAAUGUCCUGACCCGAGUCAAAUCCUAUCCCCAAACAUACCCCGCCAUCGACCUUGCCUACUCCUCCGCAGAUCCGCUCCGCAAUCCCGUGGUACUGCAGCUACCUUCGAACGGCCUGCGUCUUCGCUUCGAUGGUCCCGAUCAGAGACUUCGUUUGAUCGAAGUACUCGACUUCACCAGAGUGAAUCUGGUCUAUAAGAACCAGGAAGUGCUAAAGGGGGCCAAAUCAGAACACCCAAUAUCUUCGCAUGGCCCCAGCUUCCGGCACGUUUACAAUCGCCUGUUUGGUCCUUCAUACCCAGGAGAAUACGUACCACCGGCAGAUCAGUCACCAUAUGGCACAUACGUCUUAUCUUAUCCCGGAGUAGCGUUCUCGUUUCCCCUUCAGCACUCGGCCUGGUCCGAUCAGUGUGAUUUCGUAGCACUGCUCUCCUCCUCGGCUGCCUUGCCAGCCACCUCCAUGUCGAUCUUCCAGGGAUCAUCAUGGCCAGAGGUUCGAGCAAAGCUUUUUAUACAACAACCCCAAUAUCCUCGCUCAUCCGCUUUGAUUGGCAAAUCCCGGGAGUCACUUGCAGACGAGAUCGAGGAGUGGCAGGUUCUAGGAGCUGCCAAGCUUGAAGUCCUUCGCAGAACAGGAGCUCCCUUAGGCAUCACCCUUGGAGAAACUACUCCUCAGGACUUAAUUGCGGACUUCGGGCCGCCCGAUGCGAUCUACCGUAAGAAUGACCGCCGGAUAUCCAUUCACCGUGCCACCGGCGCCGGUGAGCUACACCUAAGUCCAUCUCCAGGCAGAGGAUUUGAAAUGCCAGAUGCCGAUCACUCAUCCAAUAACAGUGUUACUGAUGAUUCAGAUGAUGAGGCUGCUGCAUUUGUCGGAGACCCUACCUCACUGCCCGCGGAGUGCUUUUUGAACUUCUUCCAUCAUGGAUUCGAUGCGUUCAUCUCAUACCCAACCACACCCGGUCCUGCCUUUCCAGACUCCGGUAUACCAGACCCUACGCCACAGCCACAUUCAUCCCAGUUGGCAGUAACAAAGAUCAUCCUCCAUGGCAACGUUCCAGGCUCAUAUCCCUUCAACCGCCACCGUCGAAGCCGCUGGACCAUUCCCAUUGGUGACUCGGGGAGCUGCCUAUCUUCCGAGUCAUCCUAUGAGGAGAUCUCGGAGCGGUUACGCAAAACCUGGAAAGGAGCCUACUCUAGCCCCGCCGAAGAGCGUGCUUUGCAGCGACCAAUGGUCCUCAACCGCGGGUGGGGUGACAGCCCCGAGAGCAGCGUGGAAUUCCUCGGUGGUUGGGAAGAGAGUACUGCGAAGGGUCCUCGGAGUGGUGCAGACGGCCAAGACGGGGGAUUGGGCAAUACGGAGCUUUUCGGAUUUCCUGGUCUGUUAUUUGAGGUGCUCAAGAAUGGCGCUGUGAGCAGUCUUACCGUGUAUUGA